AUGCUCAAGGUCGUGCUAUUUGCUUCCAUCUAUUUAAUGGCUCGAGCUUUUGUUCGUGGUAAUGACGUGGACGAUGUCCAAGUACAAUUAAUGUCGUUUAAUGUUCGUACAUCAUUGGCUUCGACCGAUGCUGGAUCCCUAUGCAGUAAUUGGAACGGCAUUCGCAAGGAGAAUGUCCUUAAUAAUAUUAAAACCGUGGCCGCUGAUUUUGUUGGGACACAAGAGACAUCGGAUGCUCAGAAAGCUUUCUUAGAUGCACAAUUAGCAGGAAUGUAUGCCGUGAUUGGAGAAAGCACAGGAUCUCUGAAUGGAAACGCGGCGGAAUGGAACGCAAUGUAUUACCGAUCCGAUACGUGGACACCGCUUACGAACGGUAUGUUCUGGCUUGGACCUGACCCAAAUACCAUGUCUGCUGGAUGGGGAAUGGCAUACUAUCGUACGUGUGUCUGGGGUCGUUUUCAGCAUAUUGUCACAAGAGCUACGAUUUGUGUCUUAAACACGCACUAUGAGACUCCAGGCAACGAUGAAGCACAGACACAUGGCUCAAACAUUAUACUUGAUCGUAUCAAAACCAACUGUGAUGCCACUGAUAAUUUGAUUGUCUUGAUGGGAGACUUUAAUGCGCUCAAGAGCUACUCGGCCAUGCAAAUCAUGUUCAACAACGACAUGGAAGAUCCAUCCGAUGAAGGCACAUUCUGCGGUGAUAUGUUGUCAGCAACUUGCUCUGUCAAGUAUGACUUUACACUGUUUCGUACUCAGAACCAAGACGCUUGCUACCUCAAGUCAGAGAUUUCGCGCAUUAGCUAUGACGGUUGCUACACGUCCGAUCAUGCAGGACUUAUUGGCAGCUUUUGUUUCCAGGGUUCUUGCUGUUCAAAUAGAUCGUCGUCAAGCUCCGGUUUGUAUGAAUCAUUCAUUGAGGAUGACAAUAGCGCAAACCAAACUGAUGUGAUCGGUAAGGUGCAAGCACCUGAUACUGAAACCAGCAAGGCAGCAACAAAACCCCCAAGUACCAACUCCUCUCCAGGCGCGAUCCAGACGAUUUCUACUUCUUCUUCAGAAGGCGGUGGUACCUUGGUCGCAGCUGCAAGUAUUAUGACGUUUCUUGCUCUUUGUAUCCUCGUGGCUCUUGUGGUCAUACAUCGGAAGAAAAAGCUCGAUGAGCAAGCUCGUUUGGAAAAGUUAUACGAGCCCAAUACAAGUGAAUACUUUGGAACAGCACGGGCAGUGUCCAAUGUGUCUGCAUUGUCUCCUUUUCCAAAAGGGGAUCAACCACGCGUGUCUAACUCGACUAUUCCCGAACUAGCAGUAAUAUCUGGCAAUACUCGUAUCUCAACAUCUUCUUCCGUCACGGCGUCUGACUCGGAGGUUGCACGACAUGAUGAUUAUAUUCCCGAGCUCCCACGACCAAGCAGUGCCAGUGACAUUUCCAGUCGACGAUCAUCCACUGCAGUCAUGAAUCCGACCAACUCGGAGUAUUCGUCUGCUUUCAGUAACUCUGUUCUCGAGAAGAACGAGAGUGACGGCAACGAGUCCAUCAUAAGUUAUGGCAACUCUUCCGUCUCAAGUUAUGGCAACUUUUCCGUCUCAAGUUAUGGCUAUACUGGAUCCUACGACACUUCAUCCAUCCUACUGAGCAAAGUCAAUUUUAGCGAGAUUUUUGCGCCGGGUUCGUGUGUCUCGGACGACAGUACAAUUGCCAAGUCUCAAGCAGACUUUAUCAAGCUCUAG